GGAUUACAGUUGGGCACUGGCUGCUUACGACGACACAACUCUAAUAAUGGUACCUCCCUUUAUAUCAUCACCUUCAGGCGAGAGAAGUGACGAGUUCAAAGUGUUAUCAGUGCACCCUGCCCCAAACACGCCCUUCAAUCCAAAUACAUCUGAUUACUACUCAUCCGAUAUCUAUAUUCGGAAUUUGACAGCUUCAACCAGAUACACAGUGUCGGUAGUGUCUACCCUGGGUGGAAAUGGGAGUUAUGCUACUCCAUGCAAGACUGCACCCUCUGAUCCACUGGAGAGCGAAGUGGUACAGUUUGUGGCGUGUACAGCACCCCCUCAACCGAAUGUGACUUGGGAGAGUUAUGAGACGAGUGUAACAGUUACAUUGCACACCCCUUCUUAUCUGUUCGACGACUGGAAACUGGAGAUCUUUAGUUUUUUUAACGGAACUUUUAGGGAAAUUUCAUUAAACUCAUCUCAGUCUGCAUACACAUUCGAUGGACUCACUUACGGAGUGAAUUAUGAAAUUUAUGUAUGGUUGCAAAUAGGCGGAGAUGUUGGAUUAACAGAUUGUGGUCCAGUGGGAGCAGUAUUCUCCCGUGGUUCUCUUUUAGACGUUUCAGCUGGGUGCAACAGCCAACCCGUUGUAUUACAUCAAAUCGAGGCAAAAAGCCGCUGGACGAUAUCAAUCAACUUCAUCAGUUUUUACUACUACAGCUGGGAAAGUUUGGUAAUUGUCUCUUCCAGCUCAUCGCUUACCAAUCCAAUAAUGAACAAAACGCUGGAUUUACACCUUAGUGGCCCCACUGAAAUUGAUGGGCUCUAUCCAGGAACUCAGUACUAUCUACACUUCAUUCAAUUGGUUCAGUUUUGUCCCAGCGGAGAUCGGAAGUUCAAUGAUACGACUUCAGCCUGCACAA